CCUGUAGCUGAAUUGUCUGGAUUCCAGAUAGAACUAAAUAAGUGUGCUCAUAAGCAAGUUCCUAACCUAUUUCUUUGAAUUUAACCGGUUUCACUUGCCUGAACCUUGUGAUGCCCCGGAAGGCUUCCAAGCGGGCAAAAGCUGGCAUCCUCAAAAGAGGCACUGCUAAGGGCAGGUCUGGCCGAAAUUCAGUUGAUUUGGAUUCGGAAUCCUCAACUUUGGGGCUAAAAAUCUCCUCAAUCAACUCUUUACAUAAUGGUUUUGUGGAGAACUAUGGCGAGCCUUCAGGUUUUGCCAAAGGUUGGAGGACUGGUCCAAAAGGUUAUCUAUGUAAUCAAUGUCAUGUGGAAUUUGAUCACAUGAAUCUUUACCGCGAUCACAAGCAAGUGUGUCAGAUAGGACAAGUGAACUGCAAGCACUGCUCGUCUUCAUUUUCAACCAAGUGUGAUCUAAAUUGUCAUGAUAAGCUUCACCAGGACCAAAAGUUAUGGUGCAAGAUUUGCGAGGUCCGUUUCAAGAGUAUUCAGGCCAUUCAGGAACAUGACCAGCAAUGUCACACUGUCGAAAUUACGCCAGAGCCAAUAGUCACUAUAAUCGGCAAUGUAACGAGUAACCAGAAUGACGUCCAACCAUCUAACGGGGUCACAAUUUUUCCGAUCCCCAUGAGCGAGUCAUCGGCACCGUCCAAAGUUAAUUCCCGCAAAAUGAAAUGCCCCAUGUGCCCUUUCGAAUCCCAUGAUAUCCCGGGUUUGACAAAUCAUAUUGAGGGGUGCAAACUUCAGUUGGCCGAUGACAAUUUUGUUUACUGUUGCUCGCAAUGCGAGUUUUCUUCCCGCUUCCGAAAAGUAUUUGGUGAUCACUACAUCCGCCGAUUGCAACAAGGUUUUUGUUUCGACCAGGGCGGAUAUAGUUUACACGAAGGAAGACGGCAACCGCGUAAGAGAUCCUCGACGGAAUGGAAGUCUGACGAUUCCGACGAGAUCCAGAUCUUACAUCAAGACAUGCCCAAUCCGGCCGUUGUGACCCAUAUCAUCGAGCCAGCCCCCUCCGCUUCAAGAGAAAUCAUAAAGACCAAAAUCAGACUGAUUGGAGCCCCGGUUAAGAACUUGAUCUUCACUUGUCCCAAAUGCAGCAAGAAUUACUUCACCGCCCGAAGUCUGGAGGAGCACCUAAAAAUCGAUUGUACCGCGGUCAAAACACUUCAUCUGACCACUGGAUCUCAACGAGAAGUUGAAGGGACAGUCGAUAGUAAGAGCUCGAAUAGUAAGUUCGUAUGCUCUUAUUCUUGCCGCUUUUGCAACGAACCCUUGAAUUAUAGCGAUAAGGUUAGGAGUCACCGAAUCUUUUGCAAGCAACUUCCUCAUCCACAGAAGAGUUUCGUUAUUUGCGACUUGUGCCAUACCGUAAUUGAAGACCAUACCAAGUACAGUCGACAUACGGGUUGGUGUGCUAUGAAUCCUGAAAAAUUGUGUGACGAGGUCAUCUUUAUUGAAGCAGAAGAGGAUCAAUUGAUUGGCGAUUUCGUGAGUCCUUAGUUCGUCGAAGACACACCUUGCCACAAAAUCAAAGAGCUGGAUUGAUGAGAGCGAAAAUCUGUUUUAGUCGUUGUAAAUACAAUAGACUACAUAUAAAGGAACCAUAAAGGAAUUCGGAUGAAUUGUUGCUCGAAGCGGCUUGUAUUUAGGUCAAGGUAAUGUAUUUUAAUGUGAAGAGAAUAGGUGGCAUACCCUUGUGUUGUGAUUGUUUUCCACUUUUGGACUUUUGGGCUCCCUGAGAAUUUAAUUGCUCAGCUGUUUUAUGAUAGAUAAGUGUCGCCAUGUACAAAUAUAUUUGCGACAAAGGA